AUGGUCUGCAUGCCUCUUUGCUUAUGCCACUUCUCAUCGCUGGAGUAUGACUAUGAGUCACUGAUUUUCGAAAUGGUGCUAGACUAUCAAAAUGAUGUGCUGCUUGAUGAUCUUCUAAUCGCAGAAAAUUCAUCUCUUCAGUCUGAAGUUAAUUCUCCCAUCUUCAGUUUCGAUAGAACUCCAACUAUGGCAAGUUCCAAGCUUAACCAGUCAAAUGCAAAGACCGAGUCAACAUUUGUGCCACCAACUUCAACUGUCAGAUCAGAGAGUGUCUCCUCUAGCUUGAGCAUGGAUAAGAAAUCUAUGGAGAAACUGGCUGAGGCUUCAGCAGCUGAAGUUGAGGGAGUUAGUGCUGUCUGGCAAGCUGGAAAGUUAGCUUCUGCAGGCCCUGCAGAAGAGGAGCUUCCAGAUGCGAAAGCAUCUGGAACUCGCUUAAACGAUAAGAUGCAGCUCUCAGAAACCUCCUCAGAUAGCAGCGACACUGAUACCCUUGAGGCAGAUGGCUGCCUCCACCCCAGAGCUGUGGUGGUUGCUAAAGAGGCUGCUGGUAGCUUGGGUUGGCUGGUGAGGCAACUUUCAUUGGAUCAGUUCGAGAAUGAAAGCAGACGAAUGGUUCCGUCUAGGUUUUUAAUCAGGCAUACCCUAACAAAAAGCUAUUCACUAGACAGAAGUCUCCUCAGGACCUGCACAAGAAGGCCUCGCAACUGGAAAGCUCCAACGAAUGGAAACUUCGUUAUGGACUCAUACGAAAUGGGUGAACUUUGUUAUGCCGCAGAGCAGAUAUUUAUGCAGGAACCCACGGUAUUGCAAUUGAAGGCUCCAAUUAAAGUAUUCGGUGAUCUGCAUGGUCAGAUUGGUGACUGA